AUGUUUCAUUCGAAAACUUUUAAUGGUAUAAUCAAGAAGAGAAAAAGUGUCUCCAGUAAAGAUCGGCUGCAUCAAAAUGAGGAGGAAGUAAGACUUUUGGAUGUACAAAUUAAAAGGCCUCAUAUACAAAGAGAACUAGCCGAACAGAAAGCUUUGAAGGAGAAAAAACAAAGAGAGGAAAUGCAAGAACGUUUAGAGGAAAACAAACGUUUUGAAGAAGAGUGCCGAAGAAAUAGAGAAAUUUUCCUGGAGGAAGAAAGAGAAAAUGUAGAGAAAAAGGCUAAGUUUCGUAGAGAUAUUUUAAAGCAAAUGGAAGAAAAGGAAGAAAAAUGUAAAUUGGAAAGAGAGUUUGUAUUAAAAGAACGUGCGAGUAUGCAGAGAUUUUUACAAAGCUUUGAGCCGGACAAGGAAAGAGAAAGGCAGCACAUGUUAGAGCUUAAAGAGUUGGCAAAACAAGAUCGGGAUGAGUAUCUCAAACAAGUUAAACUUUAUAAAACACAACAAAAAGUAGAUGCUGAAGAGGAUCAUAGAAAAUACAUGGAAAUGGUCAGACAAAGAGAUGAAACUGAAAGAAUGCGUAUACAGAAACGCAAAGAGAACACCAUGAAACGUGAAGCUCUCAGUGAGAGAAUAGGGCAACAAGUUUAUGCCCAACAAAUGAAGCAACAACGACAUAAUGAUUUACUCCUUGAGCUUUUAAUAGAAGAACGUUUGGCUAAAGAUGAUGAACGCUAUUAACAGAAGCUGGAAAAACAAAUACAAACAGCCAAAUCCUUAAAAGAGGAUUUCGAAAGAUCACGUUUGAUACGACGACAAGAAACACUAUUCCGUCAGCAAGAAGAUAUGGACUUUUUCCUUAGAAAAAGUGUCUCCAUUAAAGAAUUUUUUUUUUCUGUAGGAAAAGUGUCUCCAUUAAAGAGACUUUUUCUGUAG